GGUGGAUGUACAGUUUCUGAUCAUGACCUUCCUGUCUCCUGCGGAUCUCUGCCACCUUGGAGCCACAAGUCGUUACUGGAGGGCCAUGGUUAGAGAUCCAUUACUGUGGAGAUACUUCCUAUUGCGGGACAUGCCACACUGGCCCUCCAUUGAUCAUGUGACCAUACCCCAUCCAGACUUGCUGGAUGCACCGCUAAUAAGUGAAGACGAGAGCCUGGAUGAUAGAGAAGAGGGAAAUGAAGGAAUAAAACUAAAAUUUGACUACAUGUCAGAAUACCUGAAAGGUUGCCCAUUCUCCAGACAGCAGUGGCUUCCUACACGACCAGCAUAUGAGGUGGUGACCUCAUUUUUUCAGUCCCUGGUACCCUCGUCUGAACCGCGUUAUGCCAUGUUUGGUCCUGGCAUGGAGCAGCUGGAUGUCUCUUUAGUCACAAGGCUUAUGCAUGCUCCAGAUAUACUUCCUGUGUCAGGCACUCCACACAGACAGAUAAAUGGUAUUGGCUCGGGGAUAAGUUACAUGUUCAAUAACCAACACAAAUUUAACAUCCUCACUCUGUAUUCAACCAACAGGGCAGAGAGAGAAAGAGCCAGAGUGCAACAGGAGAGCAUCAGCAAUAAACUCUUUACCUUUGAAGGAAAUGACGACUCAGGGGACCCAGUGUGCGUUCCUGCUCCUCAGGUUCAGCAGGUGUGCCAAGUGGUGGAUGGGUUCAUCUAUGUUGCCAAUGCAGAGCCUGAGAGAGGUGGUGAGAAGUCUGAAGGAGUCCAGAUUCGAGCUGUGCUAAACUGCAGUAGGGGUUCCACAUCCAAACCUCUGCUGGUGCUCUCAUGCAUCUCAAGAGAGGAA